GGUUCUGGAUGGACAGUUUCAUCAGUUCCCUCUGGAGGUGGUGCUCCUGCUGAUGGUGAGAGGCAGUGAGGGAGAGAGCGGGGCAGAUAGCAGCAGCGGGGCAUGUGUUCAGCUGCUGGACUGGUACAACCUCGGGGAUGAGCUGGUGUUGGUGAUGGAGAGGCCACUUCCCUGUCUGGAUCUGUUUGACUACAUCCAGGAGAGAGGGGGGAAACUGCCAGAGGAAGAAGCUAAGUUCCUUCUGAAGCAGCUGGUUGGGUUGAUGAAAAAGGUUCACUCCAAAGGAGUUCUCCACCGGGACAUUAAACCAGAGAACAUUCUGGUGCUCACUGGCAAUGAGAGCCUGAGUCUCCGCCUACUUGACUUUGGCUGUGGAUGCAUUCUCAAGAAUGAACCAUAUACUGAGUUCUAUGGCACGUUGCAGUACACCCCGCCUGAGUGGUACCUGCACGGGCAGUAUGAGGCCCUGCCCUUGUGUGUGUGGCAAAUGGGGGUGCUGCUGUAUGACAUGCUGUGUGGGGAGCACCCCUUCAGCACACGUGCCGACAUCAUCAGCCGGGCGCCGACUUUGCAUGCCCUAAUACACAAUCUCCCCUCUCCCUUAGACUGCCAAGACCUGAUGAGACGCUGCCUGGCCAAGCGGCCGAGAGGUAGACCUACUCUAGAGGGCAUUCUGCAGCAUCCUUGGUUCCAGUGAAGUGCACAGGCACAUAUCAUUAACACAGAUACAGACAGAAACACACGCAUUGCACACAUUCACAUAGAUACAGACACGACAUAUAUAAACGA